CAAAUCAAAUAGUCCGCGAGCGGCUGCUGCGGCUGCUGCACCAUCCGAGGGGUAUACACGCGCGCGCAACUGUCAGUGUGUUUUGUGUGUCAUUAUCGUUAAGUUCCCUCCUCCGCGCAGCCCCCGUGCGCGCGGGUGGUGUGCAUCUCUAGCGGAUUACGGCAUUGCGGAUGAAUGCAGUGCCCACACAUAUAUACACAUAUAUAUAUAAAUACCUAGUUAGUUGUUGUCGCGUGUGAGGUUAUGCUGUUAAUUAAUGUGCUUUUAGUGCUUUCGCGAUUUUUAUCUACUCGCUGCUUGACAGCUGAACUCUGGUGUGCACACGCACGACCCUCUAUACUUUCGUGUAUUUAUAUUUUGCGCGCGUGUCUAUACCUAUACUUGUUGUUUCUGUCUUCUGCUCUCCUUCUCUCAUCAGCUCGUUGAUCUUAUUAAUUUGAUUUGUAUGCAAACUCGCUGCAGAGGAGCCAAGGGUAUUGAUGUCGAAUCGAGGACUUUGGAUUUUGGACUUUCAAAAGGAGUUGCACCGACCCGAUGAGAGUCGCUUCACACAGUAGUAAUAGCAAUAACAACAGCAACAACAAUGAGCUCAGUAUUCUCGAAGCUGCUUGUCAACACGUCAAACAGGUAUGGGAUACGUCAGGAACAGCUGACUCGCGGUGUCUUGGGCACGGUGACGGCCUUGUACCUGCUGAAGCUCGGCUAUCCCUACCUGUCCGCGAGUGCAAAGGCCUGUCUGGCUCAGCUCAAAAGCCACAGGGAAGCGAUCAACGGUGGCAGGAGUAAUGGCAAAAUACAAGAGAACCAUCAGGCGAAUGGAGCCGUCAAGGGGAAAAAGUCGCCGAAAAAGGCCGUCGACCUGGACAGAGCUUUCCUGAGGCAGUUGCUCAUGCUGCUUAAAAUCAUGAUCCCAGGAUGGAGGACGAGAGAGUCUGGUUUGCUGGCCUGUGCCACCCUUACUCUCUUGGCGAGGACUUUUCUGUCGGUUUACGUCGCGACCCUUGAAGGUCAGAUCGUCAAGAGGAUAGUGUUGAGGGAUGUCAAGGGCUUUUUUUGGCUGAUGGCCCGGUGGUUCGCUGUUGCUUUUCCCGCCACUUUCGUUAAUUCGGCCAUCAGGUAUUUGGAGGGCCGUCUCGCUUUGAGCUUCAGAGAACGGCUUGUUGACUAUGCCUACAAGAUGUAUCUUAAUCAGCAAACCUACUACAGAGUAUCAGCCUUGGAUACUAGACUUGGUGGAGCAGAACAAAGACUGACGGAUGAUUUAUCAGAAUUGGCAAGCUCUGUGGCACACUUGUAUUCCAGUUUAACCAAGCCUUUAUUGGACUGUGCAUUAGUCGGCAUUGCUCUGAUUUCAUUUUCCGCGAGAAUGGGAGCUAAAACUAUACCUGGUCCACUGUUAUCCGUAGCUGUUAUUGCAUUCACUGGGCAGGUGUUGCGUCUGGCUUCUCCACGUUUCGGACAAUUGGUUGCAGAAGAGGCGACUAGAAAAGGAAGAUUGAGAGAAGCACAUGCCAGGAUAAGUGCACAUGCUGAAGAAAUAGCUUUUUAUGGAGGCCACAGGGCAGAGCACAGACAUCUGACAACUGCAUAUAAUUCUCUUACCCUGCACUUGAGGAGAGUUCUCGCUCUGAAAUUGGGCUACGUUAUGCUAGAGCAAUUUUUAAUGAAGUACGUCUGGUCUGGAACUGGGCUUUUAGUUAUUGCUAUGCCUCUUCUGUACACCUCAAACGCAGUAUUGCAGUCUACUCAGAAUACUGAUGGCGACGGUGGUGUUAGUGAACGCACUAGAUAUUUAACAACAUCCAAAAAUCUUUUGAUAUCUGGAGCAGAUGCAGUGGAACGUCUCAUGUCUUCUUACAAGGAAUUAGUUGCGCUUGCUGGUUAUGCUAAUAGAGUAAGUGAAAUGUUGGAUGUAUUCAAAGAUGCUGCUGUGUGUAAAUACAGGAGAAAUGUCGUAACAACUUACCAAACUCGAACUUCCAAUGGAACCACUCAUGACCAAAAACUUGUUGAAUUUCAAGAUGGAAUACCUGUAAUAAAAGGAAUCGUAAAAGAGAGCGUUGACGGCAGUAUUAGCUUGAUCGACGUGCCAAUAGUAACUCCAAAUUGUGAAGUUAUAGUAUCUCGUUUAACAUUAGAAAUUAAACCAGGUGAUCACUUGAUCAUUACCGGCCCCAAUGGCUGCGGAAAAAGCUCGCUUUUUAGAAUAAUUUCCGGUCUCUGGCCCAUUUACGGCGGUAUAUUAACUAGGCCUGGUGAAUCGUAUUCAUUAAAAACUGGAAGACCAUCCCUGUUUUACAUCCCGCAAAAGCCAUACAUGACGGUGGGAUGUCUUCGAGACCAAAUAACUUAUCCAGCAGAAUGUAAAAAAGAAGAAUGUUCAGACAAAGAGUUACUGGAGCUCUUAAAUUUGGUAGAUUUACGAGGGCUUGUCGAACGAGAGCCAGAUGGCCUUGAUGCUCGCGGUGAUUGGGACUCAACUUUGUCAGGUGGCGAGAAACAACGUUUAGCCAUGACUAGAUUGUUCUAUCACGCUCCUCAGUACGCCCUCCUUGAUGAAUGCUCGAGUGCCGUCAGUCUCGAGGCUGAGGGUGCCAUGUACGAGACUGCCAAGAAAAAGGGAAUCACCUUACUAACCAUUACUCAUCGAGUGUCUUCCUUGUCAAAGUAUCAUCGACUGGUUUUGCGUUUUGAUGGUGAAGGCGGAUGGAGCUUAGGACCACUAGAUGCUGAGAGCGCGACAAUCAUCCAUAACAGUAAAGAAGAAAAAAAAAAGGCAGAGGACAUCAACGAAAGCAGGACAUCCAUAGUAUACUCAGUGGGGAAACGCACAAUGGUAUAAGCUGAGUAUCUUACAUUUCGACCCUAUAAUAUAUACUAUUUACACAAGUUGUUUCGAUUUAUCGUCGAUUGCAUGUGAAUGUAUAUAAAUAUUUUUGAUGUAGAGUUAUUAUAUUGUACAAAAGAUAUAUUCUCGUAUUUUUUAUAGAAAGUAUGUCAAUUAGAUUUGAAGUUUAUCAGUGAUAUUGCAAUAUAUUAUUGAGAGCGAUGACCAGAUGAAUUUGAAGUCAGAAAGUAACGCGAAGGCACCCGCACUCAACAUUUCAGCAAUAUUUAAUUAUAUUUUAUAACAAUUGAGCUCUUUGAUUCAAUGUCGUGCUGGUGUCUCUGCAAAGUUACUAUAAAUUGACUCAAAUCGUCACUCUCUCAUUUUUAUUAAAAUUACUAAAUCGUUAAAGAGAAUCUACCUGUAAUUAAUACGAAUUUGUUAUAGAAAUUGUAAAUUUGUAAUUCUAGGAAUUUUUAAAUUAAAUUUUUUCUCGAAUUAAAUUCUCUCUUUGGAGAGGAGAGAAAAUUUUUUUAGUCAUUUUUAAAAAUCACUUCUUCUCAAUAGAAUGUCAUUGUGAUAUAAAUUUUUAGACAUUUUAAAAAUUUCAUAGCUCUGUAAACAAUAUUUGAAGCGUUUAAGUAGCUAAGAAAUAGAAGUAUAGAUAUAUUUUUAUGGUUUAGCGAUAUUAAUUAUUACUAAAAAUGAAGUCCCGAUUUAACUUUAGAAAUUCAUAUCAAAAAGUUCCUUUUAAAAUUAUUCUUCCAUUAAUAGUAAAACAAAAUGAUGCAGCCCACAAAGAACGCAUACAAUGUAGGAAGACUCCAAAAAAACGAAUAAACAUGAUAAAAAAAGAAAAGAAAAAAAAAUCCAACCGAUAUUUAUUUUUAUAUUUUAUCAACAGUGUAUAUACUACUGGCACCAAAAACAUAUAAUGGAUCAAUAAAAUGAAUGAAAAAACAAUAAAAAAAAAAAAUUCAACGAAAAGUAAUGUUAUUAGUACCUAAAGUAAUGCCAAAUUUGCGAUAGUUGUGACUUUUCUAUUUUUCUAAAUUUUUUCUAGGCUAAAAUAAUAAAAUUUGCCUAACGUUGCUACGUCAACUAUACAAUAAGUUAUAUAUAUAAAAUCUUUCCUCAGAGAUACUCCUUAGGUAUUUUUUUUUUGAAAUGUGUAAACUAAUAAUGGUUUAGAGCAAAUAUUUAUACAGAUGAAAUAUAUUUACGGUACCUUAAUGAUUUAUUAGCGGUUACAGAUGUAUAAAUAAAUCGGCACGCAUAAAUACAUAUAUAUAUAUAUUCAUAUUCACACGUACACGCAAAGUCGCGAGGGUUCACCAAAACGGUAUAAUUAAAAUAAAAUAUGUUUAUUACGAUUGUACAACUCGAUUCAUUUAAUCAGCACACAUAUGUUUAUGUAAUGUUAGGUAUCUUUAAAUGUAACAAAAAAAAAAAAAAAAAAAAAAAAAAAAAAAAAACGGCUCGUUUACUGUAACUGCACGAACCAUUUGUCCAACCUGUGUAUCGAGUAAGGAAAUUAUUUUGAGAAUAAAUGGAAAAAAAAAAAAAAGGAAUCAAGACA